AUGCAGUCACUUGUCAAUUCCCAACAACUCCCCCCUUUGCAAGAAGAACCUUCAUCCUCACGACGUGGUACUGCGGAACUCACACGGCCGGAAAACACGCACACUGCUGGCCCAGGUGCGCUGGAGGCUCAACAUGAAGAUCCCCAUCUCCAAUUGCCAGGUUCACACUGGGACCGCCCAAGUGGUGGUGUCGGUAAUCUGAGGGCCUUUUGGUCACGAUUGAAGGGUGAACACAAGAACCGUGUACCAGGAUGGGUGGAGAGUUUCAAGAAUGUGAUCUUUAGUUCAGCGCUUUCUUGGCUCAUCGUGUUCAUUCCACUCGCUUGGAUAUCACACUUCUCGCAUUGGAGCAGGAGCGCUACCUUUGCACUCUCGCUCUUGGCCAUAACGUCUCUCGAGAAAAUACUCGAGUAUGCGGGUGAAUCGUUCGCACAUUAUUGCGGUCAUUCUCUUGGCGAUUUGAUUACUAUCACUUUGGACAAUGUGGUGGAAGCCAGUUUGGCCAUUAUCCUUGUUUCUAGAUGCGACCUUCGUCUAGCUCAGAGUACGGUUGUUGGGGUAUUAUUGCUUCAUCUUUUGCUCGUACCGGGUGUAGCCUUCAUAACGGGAGGUGCUAAAGUCUUGCAUCAGCACCUUGACCCACAUGUUACAGAACUCAAUUCAUCGCUACUUACGAUUGGCGUCUUGACCCUCCUAAUCCCAGCCGCGUUCUUCUCCUCUAUCAUAGGCAACCAUGCUACGCCUACUUCCUCUGAGUCGCCUGUUAGCGAUGCUUCAAGGGACAAUUUCUUGAGGUUAAGUAGAGGGUUGGCCGUUAUUCUACUCGUCAUCAGAAUAUACCUUCACAACCCACCUGGAGAGGGAAACGCCCUAAGACUCACGGACAAUGCUCCACAAGCAUUAAAGGAAAAAGUGGCAAGAAUAGAGGAAGAAGAUGCGGAAAUGAAUCCUUGGUCUUCUUUGAUUGUGUUCGCGGUUGUUGUUCCUCUAACGGCUGUGACUGCUGAAUUCCUCGUCGAAAGCCUUGAACAUAUUCGCGAGACGUCGGGAAUUAAACAGGAAUGGUUUGGACUCAUCCUCCUCCCUGUCGUCUCCUACUCGGGAUCGGCGCUCGUCACGAUACUGUACUUCAUCCGAAAGGCGUUUUUAAGAAGCGUUGGAGGACCACCUGAUGAACUUGCCAAGGCACGGACGAUCGAUUUGAGUAUACAGUUUGCGUUGUUUUGGAUGCCGUUUUUGGUGUUGCUUGCAUGGUGGCAGAACAAGCCCCUGUUUUUGUUAUUUGAUCGAUUUGAGGUGGCGUUGGCCAUUGGGGCCUGCUUCCUCGUCAACACGGUCACGGAUGACUCCAAGACGAAUUGGGCCGAAGGAUUCGUUAUGAUUUCAUUCUACAUCAUGAUCGCGGUAGCGUCUUGGUAUUACGACGGAGAACAGGAAAUACAGGUGAUGCUCUUUUGUAAGAGCGUUGCUGCUUCGCUGAAUAGCGAAACGGGCUCGGGGGCUUGAGUCUUGAGUCUUCCCAAUUGAGCAUUGAAUUCCCCCAACCUCCCUUGAUCAAUUUUCACGUAAUUCCAUCUCAUAUGAGCAGAUGGAGUCGUAUCAUUUCAUGCACCCAUCUCUCCCUGGAGAGGAUUCAUUUCUCGGCGUAUCAUUUCGAUAGUUCUCAUUGGCUGUUCCGUGUGUACUCGAGUAUCUAGACACGUUCACCUA